UUGGGGGUCGGGAUUCGAUCCUUAGUUUGGGAAGAGUGUGCGUUUGCAAAGGACGAAGAGCGAUGGAAAUUUGGACUCUGAAGGGCCGGAAAACGAGUUGUGGCUCUGCCACUUCGUGGCUAGAGACCGUGGGCAAGUUGCUUUACCUCUUUAAACCUGCUUUACCUCGUUUUUCCGAAGAGGGGCUGACGUAGCUGAGCCCUCUGAAAUGUUGAGAGCCCGAGGGGAAGUUGCUGCAGGUGCUAUUAGGCUCCAUUGUGAGGCACCAAAUAAUGUCAUCUGAAACAUUGCCAACAUUAACUGAGACUUCUAAUGUUGAAAGAAAGCAAGGCUUAAGUGAAGAUCAAGAGGAGAGCCAGACCCCAAGAUUAGGUGAAGUAUUUGAACAAAUAUCUAAACGACAAAUGAAGAAGCUAAUAAAACAGAAACAAUGGGAAGAACAACGAGAACUCCGCAAACAAAAGCGGAAAGAAAAACGCAAGAGAAAGAAAUUAGAGCGACAGUGCCAACUGGAAUCAAACUCAGAUGGAAAUGACAGAAAACGUAUUCGAAGACAUGUUGUUCAAAGCACACUCCGACUUAUCAUUGACUGUAGUUUUGAUGACUUAAUGAUAUUAAAGGAUAUUAAGAAACUUCAUAAGCAGAUUCAGCGAUGUUAUGCAGAAAAUCGACGAGCACUACAUCCUGUACAGUUUUAUUUGACAAGCCACGGAGGCCAGCUGAAAAAGAACAUGGAUGAAAAUGACAAAGGAUGGGUCAACUGGAAGGAUAUCUACAUUAAACCAGAGCACUAUAGUGAACUCAUAAAAAAAGAAGACUUGAUUUAUCUUACAUCAGAUUCACCAAAUAUACUGAAGGAAUUAGAUGAAUCAAAGGCCUAUGUGAUUGGAGGAUUAGUAGAUCACAAUCAUCACAAGGGACUCACAUAUAAACAAGCAUCUGAUUAUGGAAUUGAUCAUGCACAGCUCCCCCUUGGAAAUUUUGUGAAGAUGAAUAGCCGAAAAGUUUUGGCAGUUAAUCAUGUGUUUGAAAUUAUUCUGGAAUACCUGGAAACAAGAAACUGGCAAGAAGCAUUUUUUACUAUCUUACCCCAACGGAAAGGAGCUGUUCCCACAGACAAAGCCUGUGAAAGUUCUUCCCAUGACAAGCAAUCUGCCAGAGUUGAAGGUGGACUGGACAGUGAUUCCAGUGAGGAGGAUUAUAGCAGAAAUGAACUAGAUUCACAACAUGAAGGAGAAAAGCAAGAUAAGGAAAAUAGCACUGAAUCUACAGUGAACUCUAUAACACACUAAUGUUAACUGGUUUUCUUUCAGAUUAAGGAAAAAUUAGGAAAAAGUAAGGUGCUUCAUAGAGUAUUCAAAUUGGAGGAAAAUUUUACUUUUAUUUCUCUUGUGAAUUUUUAGAACAUUUUUUAGAGCUAAGUGAUAAUAAAAAGCCUCUUAAACUCUGUAAGAAAGAAAUUUUUUUUUUUGCAGAAGAUUUAAAUGUGUAUGCUUUUUAAAAAUAGUUUUUUAAGCCUCAAAUGUUUCCAGAGAAAUUUACUUUAUUAGUAUACCUUCAUUCUCUAUCAUUUACUGGAUUGUAUUAUUCAGAAUGUGCCUUCUGACCUUUGAAUUUUAUUAUUUUAUGUUUAUGUCAAUGUCUUUCUAAUCCAUUGCCUAUUUAUUUGUGGGGACAGACAUUCAUAAAUAACCUGUAAAUCUAUUAGAAUAUUGUAUAUGGGAGGUUACCCUCUAUUUGCAGCUUUUAUAUUCAAUUUAGUUACUUAGAAGAAAUACAGUAAUUUUAGGAAGAAGUAUCAGUUUGAUAGAGUCAGCAGUUCAUUUCUUUUGGAUUACAGAGCCCAUAUUUGUACCUCCUUCAUGAUGCCUUUUCAUGGGUCUGAAGUAAUCACCAAAGAGUUGAGAAUCUCUUUAAUACAUUUUCUUAAUUCCUAUAAUCAUGAUAAAAUAUUUCAAUUAUAAAAUAGAAUUUUUGCAGGCUAUUUUAUUUUAUAAGGCUGUUACUUUUGAAGGAUCAAUUUUGUCUUUACCUGAUUUAAAAUAAAACAGCUCUUAGCAGCUAUCUUUUCCUUUCAUUUAUUUUUUUAAAUAAAGUAUUUAUUGGCUCUUAAGAUGAAUAAAGUUUGUACGUGUAUCUGCCUCCUAUCGUAUAAGGAUAUUCAAACUAAUGUAAACAUAAGUCUCUGUAAAUAACAUAUGCAUGUAGUCAAAUAUGCAUAUAAGUGUAUUAACAUCUAUUUGUCCGUAUCAUGUAUGGUUCUGUUAUUAAUUGAUAAACAGAUUGAUUUGCUAUAUGUCUAUUA